GAGGUCGAAGCGAAGGCGCUACCUCGGCUGUCGCCAUGGCGAUGCAAGCGGCGAAACGCGCGAAUAUUCGUCUGCCCCCUGAAGUCAACCGAAUUUUAUACAUCAGAAAUUUGCCAUAUAAAAUCACUGCUGAAGAAAUGUACGAUAUUUUUGGAAAAUACGGACCCAUUCGACAAAUCAGAGUAGGAAAUACUCCUGAGACUAGAGGAACAGCUUAUGUUGUCUAUGAAGAUAUCUUUGAUGCCAAAAAUGCUUGUGAUCAUCUGUCAGGAUUCAACGUGUGCAACAGAUACCUUGUGGUCUUGUACUAUAAUGCAAAUAGGGCAUUCCAGAAAAUGGAUACGAAGAAAAAGGAAGAACAGCUGAAACUCCUGAAGGAGAAAUAUGGAAUAAACACAGAUCCACCAAAAUAAGACCCUUGGCCUUUGUGAGGAACCUGGGUAUAUGGACAAUUAUUUGUUUUUAGUCCCUUCAUU